GCAGUAAAAGUGGGUUUGCAAUACUUAGUCUAACUGUCUUUGCUGAAUAAAUAAAAGUUUAUUUUGCAAAUUUGUUUUUGUAAGCAUUGCGUGAUGCUGAACUCAAAAGUUUGAGCACUUUUAGGAGCCAUCUGAGAAUUUGGGCCUCUAAGGGUGUGUCUGGUUGGACAAAACAACAAGCACAUAUUUAGACGUCACCCUGCUGCUGCGCUUGGACUUUUCCCGCUGAGUCAAAGAGGUAAGAAUAUUCCAACGACAGUUUAAUUUAUUUAAAAUAUCAAAACGAGAGAUCUAUUUCUAAUACAUUUUAUUAGCAACCAUCUAUUUUUCUGUUAGAUUUUAUCUGUUUAAGUGGAGCAAAAAUGUAUUUUAUCCUUAUUUUUAGUCAGUGAAUCACUGUAUUAUUCUUUAGUUUCUGUAGAUCAUAUCAAAUUAUAUAAAGAAGGAAUUAAAAAAAUAUUUUUUUUUAAAUCAAAACAGGUGUAUUAUUUUUUAUUUUUUUAGCUAAACAAAAAGCAGUAUUGGUAUAGAUCUUCAUGCUUUAUGUUCUCUGCAGGAAAUCUGUGAAGAAUGGCAUUACUGAUCGCUCCAAAUAUUUCCAGACCAGAAAGUUUCCACAUCCUGGGAUUCCCUGGCCUUCCCCUGCAGUACUAUGCUCCGGUGUCCGCCCUGUUUUUCUUCAUCUACCUCACCACCGCGGCGGGAAACGUUUUCAUUCUGGCAUUUGUCAUCUGUCAGAAGUCCCUUCAAAAACCCUCCUACAUUGUCUUUUGUCACCUGGCGCUGAACGACUUGACCUUCAGCACGUUCACCCUCCCAAAAAUCAUUGCCAAAUACUGGUUUGGCGACGGCGACAUCUCAUUCAACGCCUGCUUCACGCAGAUGUUCAUGGUCCAUUAUUUAGGAUCUGUGAUGUCGUUCCUGUUGUUGGUGAUGGCUUUAGAUCGAUUCAUUGCCGUGUGCGUUCCUCUGCGAUAUCCAGUGUUAAUCACAAACAACAUCAUAUCUGUGCUCUGCGGAUUCGCCUGGUUCAUCCCCGUACCGUUGAUGGUGACCAUUGUGCUCCAUGCUCUCACUUUAUCCUACUGUAAAUACAACACCAUUGCUCAGUGCUACUGUGACCACAUUUCUUUAACUAAUCAGGGAUGUGGUGUAAAUCUGAGAGAGGUUCAGGUCACGGCGCUCUGCAUUGCCAUGUUAUGCCUUUUGCUGCCUCUGGCAUUCAUAUUGUUUUCUUACGCUUCUAUUAUCGUGGUUAUUUUGAGAAUGUCCAGCUCUUCAGGCCGUAAAAAAACCUUAUCCACCUGCACUCCGCAAAUCUUCAUCACUUGUCUUUUCUACCUCCCCAGGUGCUUCGUUUAUGUGGCCAGUACAGUCGGAUUCUCGUUCAGUUUGGAUAUUCGCAUUUUGUUGAUCCUGCUGUACAGCCUUCUUCCUCCUGCUCUGAAUCCACUCAUAUACUGCUUCAAAACCAGAGAUAUUAAAUUGAAUUUAAUGAGGAAACUGAAAAUGUCCAGGGUUGCUAUAGAGAUCAGCAUUUUUGCAAAGUAAUCUCCGAAAAAGUAAUUUUUCUAAAAAAGCUGAUAAAAAUAUAUUUUUCUCAGGAUUAGUCAUUACUAUAAAGACAAAAAAAAUCAUUUUUUUCACCAAAUAAUCAUUUAAUUGGUCAUCUUACAGUGUACAAAUAGGAAAUCGUAAAGCAAAAACUAUUAUUGUGUGAAUUUCUUUUUCUGAAAUUGUAAAUUAAAGACUGAAAUUCAUUCAUUCAAGUUUAUGCAAGCAUCAUUUUGUAUAUUACCACACUUACGUAUUAAAACAUGCACACAAUACACCGAAGCUUGUGUGCAGUAGAAAAGUAAAAAGAGCCCAAAUUACCUCCAAACUUUAGAAUACUGCAUAUUUGUUCAAUAUUUAGUAGUUAUACCUUUGAGUAAGUAAGAAAAAAAAUCAUAAAACUGAAUCUUUUAUGCAAAAAUUACUGCAAAAUCACAAAAAAAAUACUUAUUUAUGACAUGUGAGCAUGCAUUUAACAGGAGUGAGAGCUUUAAAAGGAUUUCACAUUAAAGUAAUUUAUUUUUUCUUUCUUUCUUUGCUGCAUAAACUACAUUCAUGGUCUCCAGUAAACUGUUUCUUCAUUUUACAUUAUCUUGUAAGCUAAACCGUAUCUGCUGUUUUCUCUUUCAUUGUCUGACAAACAGCCGGUUGCUUCUAGAAGCCGAUGAGUGAUUUCUUUUUCCUGUAAUGAUGUCAGUUCCACUGAAUGUUUGUUUGGACCUUUACUAUACCUUCACCUGCUCUUAUGCUGUCAGCUUGAUAAUAAAUCUUAAAACUCACUUUUCUUUCUUCCAGUGACUGUAAUGAACAUUUCUUUUUUUUGUCAAAAAUGUCUGAAUAUUCUGACCAAAUGGAGAGUUCUGAUUGAUUUUGGAAUAAACUUUCUGAUGUUUUUAACUUAAUAAUUUUUGUUAUGUUUAUUUAUUUUGGUAGAACAAAUAAUGGUUGGGUGGGAGCUUAAAAAAAGAUAUUUGUAAGCUAGAAGACAAUGUGUAUGCUGCUACAGAAAUUGGUUGAAAAUAAAAAACUUGUUUAAAAAACAGAGACUUUCUUUUUAUCUGCUGAAUUCCAGCACAGAGUCUUAAGUGAAAAAAUAUAUAUAUAUAUAUUUUAUAGAUUAAUAGCUUCAAAAAGAAUGGACUCAGUGGUAGGAGCUUUAUUGUUGACUUCAAGUAUUUUUUUUUAAAUGUUAAUCUUGCUUUUUUCCCCAUUCAUGGAUAAGCUAAUCAGAAAUCGUAUUUGACUUUACCAUAAAAAAAAUAAAAAUAAAAUAAAUUCAGAAAAAAGAAAAAAAAAAA